AUGGUGUGUGAAAAAUGUGAGAAAAAGUUAGGUAGAGUUAUUACACCGGACCCUUGGAAAACCGGUGCAAGAAAUACAGUCGAGUCUGGAGGACGAAAAGUUGGGGAAAACAAAGCUUUAACAGCUAAGAAAGGAAGAUAUAACCCAUAUACUUCUAAAUUUCAUGAGUGCAAGAUAUGCCGAACAAAAGUGCAUCAAGUUGGAUCACAUUACUGCCAACCUUGUGCAUACAAGAAGGGAAUCUGUGCUAUGUGUGGCAAGAAAAUAUUAAAUACAGCAAACUAUAAACAGAGUUCAACGUAG